AUGCCUGCUCCGGGUGACCAGCACAACGGCAUCGCCAAUCCCUUCGAGGAGGCUAAACCUCGAAUCUCUGAAUAUACUGCCACACAAAUUGCGACGCUACAAUCAAGGUUGGAGAAGCAGCUUGGUCCCGAAUACCUUUCCGCACGUAGUGGCCCAUCCGGCCAAAAGGUUCACUAUAUCGCCGCCGAGAAAUGCAUCGCUCUCGCCAAUGAGGUCUUCGGUUUCAAUGGAUGGUCGUCUAGUAUUCAGAAUAUCCAGGUUGAUUUCGUCGACGAGAAUCCGCAAACCUUCAGGAUAUCUCUUGGCCUAUCUGUUAUCGUUCGAGUAACACUCCGGGAUGGCACCUAUCACGAGGAUAUCGGCUAUGGACACAUAGAAAACUGUAAGGGAAAGGCGGCGGCCUUUGAAAAAGCCAAGAAAGAGGGAACUACGGAUGCCUUGAAACGUGCGUUGCGGAACUUUGGCAAUGUUCUUGGCAAUUGUAUCUACGAUAAGGAUCUAGCCAAGGUUACAAAGAUGAAGGUUGGCCCGGUCAAAUUUGACGAAGAAAACCUGCAUCGCCAUUCCGAUUUUGCCAAGAAGGAGCCCAAUGUUGUGAAGGUGGAGCCGAAGAAUACCGCUGACAAGAACGUUGAGAUGACUGCGCAUGUUUCAAACUUACUGGACGAGGACUUUGGGGAUUUUGAUUUCGCCGAAUUUGGCGUUACAGAUGAGGGCCACCCCGAUGAGGUAGUGCUACCUGGUUCUCAUAUAAUGAGUUCAAAUGAGAAGUCACAAACUCUACCCACUGGUAAUAGCGGUGAUCGCAAUACACCAUCUGCAAAUAAUGCAUCAAAGCCCAUGCAGCCGCCCCCGAAGCCGGCUGCUCAACCCCCUAGACAGCCCCAAACCCCUAACCAACCACCGCAACGGACAGGGGGUACUUUCCAAGGUCGUCCCAAUCCACAACAAUACCCCAGACCCGCUCCCCAUAUUAAUAACCAAGUUCAACAAGCAACAGCUAGCAACAGAAUAAGUACGCCCCCGCCGAACAGUACGGCGCCGGCAGAAGUCUCAUUCUUCUCGGCUCGGUCGAUCAAGAAGCUACCAGAAGACGCACCUCCAGAUACUGCUAUUAUCGCGGCACAAGGCAUAAAGCCAUUCGAUCCUCGCCUAGACAGUCCCUCGAUUCGGAAGACGCCGGGCAUCGACCACAACUCGUCCAAGCCAGUGUCCAGGACUGGUCAGCAUGUCGCUCCCCUUAAAAGAGAGCAGGAGCAACAGCGUGGUCCGGGAGGUGCUCCGGCCGGUGGCGGUUUUACCAGCGGGGGUGCAUCUGGCCCUGGCAGGCCAGGUAUCGGGAAUGUUAGGAAUCCCGCACUAAAUCACGCGAGACAGAUCGGUGCUCCGGGAAGUGCAGGCAGUCCGUUGGGAAAUAGAGGUCAAUAUCGACCGUUAACGGUGAAACGACCGGCUCCUUCCGGGCCCGAACCUGGUAAUAGGGCACCGUUGACGGAAGUUACCUCAAAUGGCUCUGUCCAGGGCGGAGGAGAUGGAGGAGUUGAUCCCAAGAGGCAAAAGACUUCCUGA